UUGGAAAUGGAGUGGGCGUGUGUUUGAAUGUAAGAGAAUGAAUGAUGUCAGGAAAAGGCUGUGGUAGACAGGGGAGGUGGGGACAAGCAAAGAGCAUGAAGCUGGCUGAAAACGGAACAGCGGUUUCGGGAACAGAAAGGGUUUGUUCGCCUGUAGUCUCUUGUCUUUCUCUCCUCCUUCCAGGAGCCGCUCUCAGGCCGUGGAAAGCUCUCCAGCUGUUGCACGGCCGGCCUAACGGUCCAGACGGCAUUCCCCGGAGGCGGGGAGGGAAAGGUGUGCCGACUAGAAGUGACGGGGUGGAUGAAAACUGGGAGCGGAAGACCGGGUGGGCAAACUUUCUUCUAGCUGUUUCUCCUUGCGGCUAUUAGCCCAGAGAUAGGAGUGUCCCUGUUUGUAGCCAGAAGGAACGGCAAGUACUUUAGAGCCUGGAAGCUCUAAAAAGAACUAGUUCAUGCUGGGUUGCUGGAAGGCUUUGAGUUCCUGCUCUGAGGCUAUUGCCUUCGUUUAAAAAAGAAAAGAAAAGAAAAGAGGUGCUAAAAGAUUUACGAAAUAAAAUAACUGUCAUGGAGCAGAAUAUUACCAGCAGCAUCUUUUGAAAUUAACAUCCAGGUAGCAUGUUGAUGAUCCUUAAAAGAAAAAUCUACCGAAGAACCAAAGCUGUAGCUCAAAGUGGGACCUACAGUUUCUGUAUGCUUUGUUAAAAGAAUAAAAGUGGGCGAAAGUGAAUGAGGAAGACUUUAAAAAAAGAAGUGGAAGAUAUUUUUGGAAAUUAACCUAGAAUCCAUUAAUCACACAUAUUAAACCUGAUGGAUACCAUAGAGACAGCAAAACUUGAAGAACAUAUGGAAGGCCAGACCAAUGAAACUUCCAAUGGUUAUGUGCGACCUGCUCUGACUGUUAGCGAGGAAAACAAGAAUGGCAGCAACAAACCAAAGAGUUUAUCCAAUGGUUUGCGAAAAGGUGCUAAAAAUUAUCCAGAAUACAUACAAAUUUCCAUGCCCACUGAAUCUAGAAACAAGUUUCCUUUGGAAUGGUGGAAAACGGGCAUUGCCUUUGUAUAUGCUGUCUUCAAUUUAGUUUUAACAACUGUCAUGAUCACAGUGGUACAUGAGAGGGUACCUCCCAAGGAGCUCAGUCCUCCGUUGCCAGAUAAAUUUUUUGAUUAUAUUGAUCGCGUGGAAUGGGCUUUUUCUGUAUCAGAAAUAAAUGGAAUUAUCCUUGUUGGAAUAUGGAUAAUCCAAUGGCUGUUUCUUAAAUACAAAUCAAUAGUAGGACGAAGGUUCUUUUUUAUAUUGGGAACUUUGUACCUCUAUCGGUGCAUUACCAUGUAUGUCACCACUUUACCUGUACCUGGAAUGCAUUUUCAGUGUGCUCCAAAGCUAAAUGGUGAUUCUCAAGCUAAAGUUCAGCGAAUUCUGCAACUAAUUUCUGGAGGUGGCCUGUCUAUAACAGGCUCACAUAUCUUAUGUGGAGAUUUUCUAUUCAGUGGACACACUGUAAUCUUAACACUCACUUACCUAUUUAUUAAAGAAUAUUCACCUCGUCACUUUUGGUGGUAUCACUUGAUUUGCUGGUGUAUGAGUGUUGCUGGAAUAAUCUGUAUCCUGGUAGGACAUGAGCAUUACACUGUAGAUGUUGUCAUUGCUUAUUUCAUCACAACUAGACUCUUCUGGUGGUAUCACGCAAUGGCUAACGAAAAGAACUUGAAAAUAUCAUCACAGACUAACUUUCUGUCUCGAGCAUGGUGGUAUCCAAUAUUCAAUUUCUUUGAGAAGAAUGUACAAGGCUCAGUUCCUUGCAGUUUCUCAUGGCCAAUAACAUGGCCUCCUGGUUGUUUCAAGUCUUCCUGCAAAAAAUAUUCCCGUGUGCAGAAAACGGGAGAGGACAAUGAAAAAUCCACCUGAAGAAGAUGAAGGCAAAAACAUGCAUAUUAUUUUUCCUUUUUACCAAAACACUUAUGCUAUAACCAAAGCUCUCAAGAUGACUAGAUUGUUUAUUGAAGAAGUGGAGCAGACUCUGUGCAAUUGAUCUGAGAAAAGACUUUUGUAGCCAUUAGAAAAUAAUAGCUAUCCCUUGGUAUUUUUUUAUAGUCAUAUUGUACAGUUUCAUCCCACUCUUCAGUAUUAGUAGACAUUGGCAUUCGAUGACACUCCAGUGCCAAUAUAAGACUUCCUGAGGAAAAGAGCCAGGAUGUUGGCUUCUUAAUGAGAUUAAGAGGUGCCAAAGUACACAUCACACCAUCUGUUGUUAAAUAUCAUUCACCCACAGAAGCUCUGAAACAAAAUAUCAGCUUCAGAUUUCUGCAGUUUGAUGAGCAAAAAAAAAAUUUUUUUUUAAGGUAAAAGGCACAAUACUGGUCUCUCAAGCUGAGAGUGACAGAAAUUGGCAGGCAGAGGUGUUAAAUCCGACUGGUGCAUAUAUAAGGCCUGUUACAUAUAACUGGUAAAACCAGAAGAGAACGUGAUCUUUUAUAUUCUUUUAUGGGAAUGAAUUAUAUUAUGACCCCAUAAUGCCACCACUGUAUCUACUGGUACAUGCUAUCCUCUGUUAACUUUUUUUUUUAUGUGGUAAUUUUAUAUAUGAAAAUAAAACCUAUUUUACCUGAUGAUACUGUAAGCUAGAAAUAAUGUCUACUAAUGUCAUCAAUGUCCUAAAAGAGAAGAGGUAAAUUAAUUCAUUGUUAAAAUAACAUACAUAUGUCAAAAGGAUUAUUUAUUUUCUACUGGUCAAUUAGUUUGCAUGAUUUUGCGGCAGAUGUACUGGAUGCAUUUUUUGAACAUUAACAUUCACAGUUAAUGCUCAGUAGAUGAAUUAUAUGGAGAGUCUGCAAUCAUAGCAAAUAUUGACCAUCCUUCAGACAAAAAUUGAAAAGAUAGUAUAUCACUUAAUAAAGAUAGUGGUCUAAUAACAAUUUUCAGCAUUCAAAAGGCAUCUCAUAAUUUUGAAGGGGUUGUAUCCAGUCUAUAUCCAUCUGUGGACAAGAGCGCCUUUGAAGUUCCUAUUAUCAGAAAAGGAAAAUAAAUGAUUUUGGUGCUUCCCUUCUGCCUUUUUUGCCUUUUCCCCAGAUUUAACCUAGUUCAUUAAGUUCCCCUUCAAAACAGCUUGGGAGUGAUACAGAAGCCUUCAGGGAAAAGGGGAAAACAAUAAUUAUCAUUCUGCUAAUGAAAGCCUCUCCUGGAUUAAAAAUGCCUUCUGCGCAAAGUAGCAGUAGAAUUGUCAAUAUUCUGUUGUGAUGGUUACUGAAAUACAUAUGCAUAUCACCAUACAAUACAGUGCAUUAAAAAUAACAAAUUGAAAUAAGCAUUUGAGAUCAAGAACAACAGCAAUUCAUACUUCCUGGCUUUAGUGUCAUCUAAAUUGGUGUCUUGAAAAUAUUUUUUCAAUGUUUUUUUAAAUUGCAUUCACUAAAACAUUGAGGUAGAUAUGAUGCAUUUACUGAUGAAUAUCAUUUUUGCUUUCCUUUGGCAUUUGAGUUGUUAUGCUAAAGUUUUUCCACUGAAUAUUUUGUUUCACUAUUACCUAACACUAUUUAUUAUUAAAUGGUCACAUGGCCAAUCUGA